CCCUUGACCCAGUUCUCUGGCUUAUCCUUCACGCCAUUCUCUAAAUCUCUCUCUCUCUCUCUCGCUCGCCUCCUCCCCCUUACGCCGAUCGUCUUUUCCCACCGUCGAGUCUUUUUCUCUCUCUCUCUGUCUCUCUACGGGCUUUACGUUGUACACCAGAUGUCUGUUGAUCUCUGCAAGAAGAAUCCAUCUUUUCUUUGGUGUGACUGUGGUUAUAUGAGCAGGGGGAGGUUGUGGUGUUUUCAGAUAAUCUUGUUCAGGCACUGGACUUGACCUUCUUCACCUCUUCUACUUCUCUCUCUCUCUCUCUCUCUCUUUUCUUUAUUUUCUCUAUUUCUUCCUGGCUUCUUUGGAUUUUUUCUGUCUAGUUUGAUUACAAACCAUUCGGUUGUGUUGGUCCUGUUUACUGUGAACUUGAAGACUAAGUUUUCUGUGCAAGACUCUCACUUCACUUGUGAGGAGUUUACAGAAGAUUGUGCAAAGUUUUCCCCUUUGGAUUCGCCAAUGGGGAAAACUAAGUUGGCUCCUGGAUUUCGUUUCCAUCCGACUGAUGUUGAACUCGUGAGAUAUUACUUGAAGAGGAAAAUACUGGGGAAGAAGCUCAUUGUCGAUGCUAUUGCUGAAGUUGACAUUUACAAGUUUGAACCCCCUGAUUUACCUGAUAUGUCUUAUAUCAAAGGUGGGGAUCUUAAGUGGCACUUCUUUUGCCCGAGGGAAAAGAAGUAUGCUAGUGGUGUUAGGGCAAACCGUGCAACUGACUGUGGUUACUGGAAGACCACAGGGAAGGAGAGACCUGUUCUGUGCAAUUCUGAAGUUGUGGGGAAGAUUAAAACUCUGGUUUAUCACUUUGGUAAGUCGCCUCGUGGGGAGCGGACUGAUUGGGUUAUGCAUGAAUACAGGCUUGAAGACAAGGCACUGGCGCAGAUGAAUGUUCCUCAGGAUACUUAUGUGGUGUGCGUUCUGUUUAAAAAAGACGGACCAGGACCUAGAAAUGGAGCCCAAUAUGGAGCUCCAUUUAGGGAAGAGGACUGGAGUGAUGAGGAAGAACGUACUGAUGUUCCUACGACUAGCAAUCCCACAAUCUUUCAUGAGCCUAGCAAAGAUACCAGUCUGGCUGUGACUGUCGCAGAUGACCCCAACAAGGAUUGUUUCGGUGGCAUGAUAUCAGAAUCGUGUGUCUCCGAUUUCCUACCAACUACAACUAAUACCACCAGCAAACUUCCAGAUCCAAGUGAUGCAGCUAACACUCCUAUGUCUGUUACACCUCUGGCAGAGACCUUACAGACCCCCAACAACAACAAUGAUGACUUAUAUGCAAUGUUGGAUCUAUUUGAUGAUGACGAAGAAUUCUUGGGGUUCCCCAGUGAGGCAAUACAUAAUCCCGGUGUCUCAGCUCCGGUUUCCUUAGAAGACAUUUUCAACGGAUUACCAGACUUGGACAAUAUGCAUAACAACAUGCCAAGGGCGUCCUCGUACGACCUAAUUGAAAACUCGGAGUUAUACUUAGAGCUACAAGACCUCACUGCUCCAUUACUACCUCCUCCUCUGACUGCUCCAUUAAAUCCUCAAACUGCUCCAUUAAAUCCUCAAACUGCUCCAUUACUACCUCCUCCUCUGACUUCUCCAUUAAAUCCUCAAACUGGGAAUGUCAAUGACUCGAGAAGCCCAUAUCUGUAUAAUCAAGGGCACUUUGACUUCUCUGGUGCUAAUGAUGAUGAUCCUUCUGGCUUUUCUGCUAACAUGGGACAUGGACCAGACUCUGGAAAACGAUGAAAACUUCUUCUGCCCGAGGUCGGUCUGCUUCACAAAUCAACAGAUGCACUUCAGACAGAAGAAAAGAAGCACUCACUACCAUUGUUUAUUCAAUUUCUGGACUUUUCUGGUCUUUGAAUUAGUAAACCUCUCAAUCUGUCGACAUUUCUCUAUCUCUACCUUCGGUUGCUGUAUUUAUAAAUAUUUUCAAAACAUUUUUGCAAUUUUGCUUCUUUUUGUUA